AUCUGCACCGAUAAACAAACUAAGAUAGUUACUCGGAGGGAAAAAGAGAAAGAAAAAGCUUGAGAGAUGGAGAACUUCCCUGUGAUCAACUUGGAGAAUAUCAAUGGUGAGGAGAGGAAGGCUAUCUUGGACCAAAUUGAAGAUGCUUGCCAGAACUGGGGAUUUUUUGAGUUGGUGAAUCAUGGAAUACCCCUUGAACUUUUGGAUACGGUGGAAAGGUUAACAAAAGAGCAUUAUAGGAAAUGCAUGGAGAAGAGGUUCAAGGAGGCAGUGUCAAGCAAAGGGUUAGAAGAUGAAGUAAAGGACAUGGAUUGGGAGAGCACCUUCUUUUUGCGCCAUCUCCCAACCUCCAACAUCUCAGAAAUCCCUGAUCUCAGCCAAGAGUACCGGGAUGCAAUGAAGGAAUUUGCACAGAAAUUAGAGAAACUAGCAGAGGAGUUGCUAGACCUGUUAUGUGAAAAUCUUGGAUUAGAGAAAGGGUACUUGAAGAAUGCAUUUUAUGGAUCAAGGGGUCCAAAUUUUGGGACAAAGGUAGCAAACUACCCUGCAUGCCCAAAGCCAGAGUUGGUGAAGGGUCUUCGUGCACAUACGGAUGCGGGUGGGAUUAUCCUUCUCUUGCAAGAUGACAAGGUCAGUGGCCUUCAGCUUCUCAAAAAUGGCCAAUGGGUGGAUGUGCCUCCAAUGCGCCAUUCCAUUGUUGUUAACCUUGGUGACCAAAUUGAGGUCAUCACCAAUGGGAGAUACAAGAGUGUGGAGCAUCGUGUGAUUGCCCAAACGAAUGGGACCAGAAUGUCCGUAGCCUCAUUCUACAACCCUGCCAGUGACGCUCUUAUCUACCCUGCACCAGCAUUGUUGGAGCAAAAGGCAGAGGAUACAGAACAAGUGUAUCCAAAAUUUGUAUUUGAGGAUUACAUGAAGCUCUAUGCUACACUCAAGUUCCAGCCUAAGGAGCCCAGAUUUGAAGCCAUGAAGGCUGUUGGCUCAUUUUAGAUUACUUCCAAUUACGACUGCUCAAUUGCAAGAAGAAAUUUUAUUAAUUUAGAAAAUAUGAAAAGAAUUAAGAAAUAGAAAUUAAGCUUGGAAAUGUUUAUUUAUUGAUACAAUUUGUUGUUUACAGUGGUUGAUUUGAUUUGCUUGUAUUUUGAUAAAGGAAAAUAACCAAAUUAUUCAAAUAAUAUGCAAUUUUACUGUUC